GUAGAUGCUAAUUGAUUGGGUCAAACAAUUAAAUUUCACGUCUCCAUUGUUAGGCUACAUUCUUUAAACUCAGCAUUAGACCUCUUCUUCAUCGUCAUCCCUGAGCUGGAUUGUCGCGUGCGAAUUGCUGUGAGCGCGCGCGCGCUGAAGAUCCCAUACGCAUCGAGUGAUGCAGUAGAGCCGCGCGGCGUCAGAGAGGAUGGAUUAAUAUGUGGAGGUAUUAGUAUUUUUGUCAUUUCCUCUUGGUGUUGAUUUGAGAUUUUUGACAUUUCAGAUAGCUUAAAAUACAACGACCCCGGUAUAAACUGGUAGCGGUAAUAUUAGGCUCUUCGCGCGCACACAGAUAUACGCUGCGGUAAAACUGCGCUGGGCUGCUUCAUGCGCGAGCUCCUCCUGUGACGGAAACUUUAAUUCAUCUGACUGAGUUUAUGGAUUUACGCGUGCCGAUGUGACACAGUAUGUAACUGACACGGGGAUUAAUCUCACGUGAGCUCGUCUAAACCACUUCCAUCCAUCCAUCCAUCCAUCUAUCCGGGAGGGACGUUUCUCAGUAGAAUAUUUCUUCCAUUUAGCUGUGCUCCCGUUAUGGUGUGAGGUAGGCUAGCGGUCCGCUCUGGAGACAAGAACAAACCUCGCACUCAUUACGGUUCUGACAGUGUUAUGCUCGGCUGUGAAAUAAACAGUCGACCAGUAGCAAAAACCGGCGUUCCCUCUUUCACAUGGGCGAAGACAAGGAGCGGUUCUGCGCCCAGACUCGCCGCGGAGGAAACGAGGAAAACGGAGAGAGCGGAAGGUCUCUGGACCCCGAUAGAGAGAAAAGAUAUGCGGAGCUGUUCGAGCAGCUGGACCUGAAUAAAGAUGGCAGGGUGGACAUCAGUGAACUGAGGACCGGGCUGGCAGCUCGUGGUUUACACCAGGGAGAGGCAGAGGAGAUAGUCCUGGAGAGUGACAUCAACCAUGAUGGUUUGCUGGACUUCCAGGAGUUCUCCCAGUACCUGCGUGCUCAUGAGAAGAGACUGUGGCUCAUGUUCCACAACCUUGACCGCAACAAUGAUGGUCGAAUUGAUGUGGGGGAGAUCCAACACUCACUGCACAAGCUUGGAGUGGAGGUCACCAUGGAGCAGGCCUCCAAAAUACUGCAGAGUAUGGACAGGGAUGGUACUAUGACCAUUGACUGGAGUGAAUGGCGAGAUCACUUCCUGUUCAAUCCUCUCCACAACAUGGAGGAGAUUGUCCACCACUGGAAACACUCCCAUAUGUUUGACAUUGGGGAACAUCUGACGGUGCCAGAUGAGUUCUCAGAGCGGGAGCGGCGGUCAGGUCUGGUGUGGCGGCAGCUGGUUGCUGGAGCGAUGGCAGGGGCAGUGUCCCGGACAGGGACCGCUCCUCUGGACCGCCUCAAAGUCUUCCUACAGGUACAUGGCUCUACAUCUCAGGGGAAUAAUCUGUGGUCAGGGCUGAGGGGGAUGGUCAAGGAGGGAGGUGUCUUCUCACUCUGGAGGGGAAAUGGCAUCAAUGUCCUCAAGAUUGCCCCUGAAUCUGCCAUUAAGUUCAUGGCCUAUGAACAGAUCAAGUGGCUGAUCCGAGGCAGUAAAGAGGGGGGCAGUUUAAGGGUACAAGAGAGGUUCAUUGCUGGCUCACUGGCAGGAGCCACUGCCCAGACCAUCAUCUACCCCAUGGAGGUGCUGAAGACUCGUCUUACAUUAAGGAAGACAGGGCAAUACUCAGGUAUGGCUGAUUGUGCCAGACAGAUCCUGAAGACGGAGGGAGUCCGGGCUUUCUACAGGGGCUACCUGCCAAAUACACUGGGCAUAAUCCCCUAUGCUGGCAUCGACUUGGCUGUGUAUGAGACUCUGAAGAAUGCCUGGCUCCAGAGGUACUGUGUAGAUUCAGCAGAUCCAGGUGUUUUGGUCCUGCUAGGCUGUGGUACCAUCUCCAGCACCUGCGGCCAGCUGGCAUCCUAUCCCCUCGCUCUCAUUCGGACGCGCAUGCAGGCACAAGCCAUCACUGAGGGUAAACCCAAGCUGACCAUGGUGGGCCAGUUCAAAUACAUCAUUUCCCAUGAAGGCGUACCGGGCCUGUAUCGUGGUAUCACCCCCAACUUUCUCAAAGUCAUUCCUGCUGUCAGCAUCUCCUAUGUGGUGUACGAGCACAUGAAGAAAGUCCUUGGAGUGGGUUACUAGAAUGAGAAAGAAGAGGGAUGACUGUACAAAAAGAAAAGGACAGACAAGGCAAAGACUCAUCAUGCUUGUGAGAAGAAGAAGAGGAGCACUGAUGAUGUAGGAUGCAGGUCCUCAGACCUCUGAGGAAAAUGAAGGGAAGUCGAGGAAGAGGAAAUAGAAGAAAAGAUCCAUCUCACAGAUGGGGAUGGUAUUGCCUCAUGCUGCACUUCCUGUUGACACAGUCAGGUUCAAACCUGGUAGCCUGCGGGUAGAUCAUAUUCAUUUGUAGAAUCUGGAGAAGAGAAUGAGGUAAAUGUUUGCCCUCUCUGAAAUGAUUAUACAACAUACAUACAGGCAAGACAAGACAAAGUUCAUUUGUAUAGCAUCUCUCAACAACAAGGCAAUUCAUGGUACAAUGAAUUUACUCAGAAUUUUUGACUAACCAAUUUCUUGACUUUGCACAUAAUCUAACUAUCAAAACAUUUUACCAUCAACACAUUUUCAGAUGGGAUUAAGUUCACAUAACUUUCUGAAAUACCUUUGAUGUCUGGAAAAAAGUGUCAGUUUGAGUAAUAUAUCCAUGAGUUCCAAGGCUUAUCAGAUGACAAAGCACUGCGAAGAAAGUAGAAUUACUCCAUUCAUGUUACAAAGUAAUCUACCAGCAAUAUGUGCUUGCAUUUACUCGAUUGGCCAACAUGGUGAGUUGCUGGAUGGCAUUACAUUGCUUUGAGCUGGGUCUAACUGUUUGGCUCCUAACGUCCCAGCAUGUUUUGGAUGGAGCCCUUAGGAGGCCCACUGUAUCAAUGCAGUGGCCUCAUUGAAAUGAAUGAAUGAAGUGCUGAUGUCAGCCUGAACACAGCCUUAAAGCCCCUGAAAACUUGGUUUGAAAUCUUAAGCAUUCUCUAAAUCAUUAAAUAUUCAUGACUACAUGAGCAACAAGUUCGAGUUCAAGAAAAAACUCUACUUUGUCAUUAUUUAUUAAGAGUUUAACACUAAAAUAACUUGGCUAUUCUGCUUCAUCAGGACUGUGAGGGUGUGGUUUCAUCACAUUUGAUAUACAGUGUCCUUGCAACAACUCAACAACUGUCAUCAGAUUUUGAUUUAAAAUGUUUCUAAUUCCUGAUUGGUGCUUGAGGGUGCGUGACAUCACCUUCGUUAAAAAUCAAUCG